CUAAAAAGCCUAGGCCUCUGUCUCUCUCUCUCUCAGCGUCUUUAUCUUCCUCUGUCUUAAAGACACGCUCUGUUCUCCCCCGCCUCUCUCUCUCUCUCUCUCUCUCUCAGUCAACUAGGCCAAUGAAGCUGGCCAGACUCCAAUCCACCACCCAUUACCAAAAAGACCACUCCUUUAGAUGACGAAACUACCCUUCUCCUCCGCCACCGUCGCUGACACGGUCACUGUCGUUAUCCUGGUCAUCCUCGCCGUGACAACCUCGGCCCAUGCCCUCGGCUCCGGCGCCACUCUCGCCGUCAGCUUCGGCACCGGAACCGUCUGCGGCAUCGUCGCCUCGCAGCCAACCCAGCGCAUCGAAUGCUACCGACGCGGCCAAACCAUCCCCAUCGAUCCCAACAUCAAUUUCUCCUCCAUUACCGGCGGCCGGAACUUCUUUUGCGGCCUCCGCUCCGGCGGAUACUCCUUCCUCUGCUGGGACACCACCGACUUUUCCAGCACCGACUUCGCCUUUAAGCGGGUUUACUUAAACUACACUGUUCGAUUAGAGAACCUCUCGUAUGGCGAUGACCAGGUCUGCGCCACGGUGGUUGGUACAGGCUCGGUUAAUUGCUGGAGAGUUAACGAUCAAUUUAAACUGCCAUCUGCGUCAGAUGGGUUUGUGUCAAUCUCAUCUGGGUUUGGAUUCUCUUGUGGUAUUUUGGCGAACGAUAGUCAGGUUCAGUGUUGGGGAAGCAAUACUACUAUAGCGAAUCAGAUACAGAAAGAGUUUGGGAACAUGUCGAUGAAGAGUAUUGUAGCGGGUGGCUCACACGUGUGCGGAUUGAAUUCAACUGGGUUUGUGAUUUGCAGAGGGAACAACGAUUCUGGGCAGUUGGAUGUGCCUUCGAACACGUCGGCGGGGGAGUUCUCGACGUUGGCGCUUGGGGAGAGCCAUAGUUGUGGGAUGAGGAAACUGAAUGGAUCGGUGGCGUGUUGGGGCGGCGGCGGAGAGUAUUCGGUGAAUGUGAUACAAGGUGUUUUCUUUGAAACGAUUGUGUCGGGAUCGAAUUUUACUUGUGGAUUAACGUCGAUGAAUUUGUCGGUUAUAUGUUGGGGACCUGGGUGGCCUAAUUCAGGGGGUGAGACUCCCUUGCCUCCGGUUCUUCCAGGGCCGUGUAAUAAUCAAUCUUGUAGUGGGUGUGGUGUGUAUUCACAAUCUCAGAGGCUCUGUUCUGGUUUUGGGAAUAUUUGCAAGCCUUGUUUAUUGCCCGUACCGCCGGUGCCGCCGCCGCAAACACCACCAGGGCCAACAGGUUCACCCCGACCAUCAACAUCCAGAGGUUUGAGAAGGGGUUUGUUGGCGUUUUGCAUUGUGGGAUCCGUCGGAGCUUUUGCGGGUAUUUGCACAAUAAUCUACUGCUUGUGGACUGGUGUUUGUUUUGGGAAAAAGAAAGUGCACAAUUCAGUGCAGCCCACAAUCACCAGAGCCGCCAGUUCUAACAAUGGCGUAACUUCGAACAAUAGCCCGCCUUCGAGAUCGUGCACCAUUAGGCGCCAGGGCUCGAGGCUAAUGAGGCGGCAGAGGAGCGGAACCUCGUCCAAGCAUGGAGACAGGGCGGAGGAAUUUUCACUAGCUGAGCUUGCAGCUGCCACCAACAAUUUCUCCCUAGAGAACAAGCUUGGCGCUGGAAGCUUUGGUGUUGUAUACAGAGGCAAAUUAACAGAUGGGCGCGAGGUCGCUAUCAAAAGGGGCGAAACAGGUUCAAAGAUGAAGAAAUUCCAAGAGAAAGAGAGCGCAUUUGAUUCAGAACUGGCCUUCUUGUCCCGCCUUCAUCACAAACACUUGGUUAGGCUUGUUGGGUAUUGCGAGGAGAAGGAUGAAAGGCUUCUGGUUUAUGAGUACAUGAAGAAUGGUGCUCUUUAUGAUCAUUUACAUGACAAGAACAACGUGGAAAAGAGUAGCAGUGUUUUGAAUUCUUGGAAAAUGAGGAUCAAAAUCGCUUUAGAUGCUGCCCGAGGGAUUGAAUAUCUUCACAAUUAUGCAGUCCCACCCAUAAUUCACAGAGACAUCAAGUCCUCUAACAUAUUACUCGAUGCGAAUUGGACAGCAAGAGUAUCCGACUUCGGAUUGUCGUUAAUGGGGCCGGAAUCCGAUCGGGAGUAUAGACCGAUGAAAGCAGCCGGAACAGUUGGGUACAUUGAUCCAGAGUACUAUGGUCUAAAUUUGUUAACAGCAAAGAGUGAUGUUUAUGGGCUUGGAGUAGUACUAUUGGAGCUUUUGACAGGGAAGAGAGCAAUAUUCAAGAGCGGUGACGACGGAAGAACACCCAUAAGCGUGGUGGAUUUUGCAGUGCCGAUCAUUAUGGCCGGAGAAUUAGUAAAGAUCCUGGACUCCAGAGUUGGAACGCCGGAAAUGCAUGAAGUGGAGGCAGUGGAGCUGAUGGCCUACUCUGCAAUGCAUUGUGUGCAUUUGGAAGGGAAGGAGAGGCUAACCAUGGCUGACAUUGUAGCCAAUUUGGACAGGGCAUUGGCUCUGUUUGAUGACAGUCAUGGCAGCAUCUCAAGCGGUAUAAUCUCCAUUGCUUCAGAAUGAAAUUCCAAACCAGGAAAAAAAAAAAAAAAAAAAAAAGCAAAACAAAUUUUUUCCUUCAAUUUUUUUUAAUGAUUGGAUAAUCAUAUUGGGUAUAAUUGUUGUUUGUAAAGUUUAGGAGUUUGAUCUAACAUUGAGCUGUAGUGUAGGAUUUUGUGCACACUGAAUUCAUU